CCCAAGGUAAAGAAGUUAAGAAACUUCAAGAAAAAGUCCGAAAACUAUUUAAAAAAGGAGACGACGAUAUAAGGAAAAAAGCUUACGAACUGGUAAACUAUUGCGAUAACUUAGCAGAUAAUUGUCUUGAUAAAGAAAAAAUUAAACUAGUUCUUGCUGAAAUUCCCGAAAUAGCAAAUAGAUACAAAAAAUACGAGGAAGAAGAGGAAAAAAAUGAUUCCAGUGAUUCCGAAGAGCUUAUCGAAGAAACAAAAGAACCCGAAGAUCUCGUAAUGCUCGAUUUUCUCGUAGAGGAUAUUAAACUUCGUUUUAGUUAUGGUCUUGACGGGCAACAAUUUGAGGGCAUAAAAGGCAGAUUUAGCACUUUACGAAUUCCGCAAACUCGUUUUAGCAAUGCACAAUUAGAAGCAAACCAAGCAGAUCGUCAAAGGAAAGAAAUAAUCGUCCACGUCAAAAAGAGCCUUUUAGAGCCACGAGGAAACACAUUAUUCGUUAAACCAGAAAAAAAAACCGAAGAACUCUCUUUCAUUUUAUUAAAAGCAAUGAGAGAAAAAUUCCAAAAUGAAGGAAGCGGGGUAUUCUUAAAAGUCAAAGGCGAAACUGAACUCCGAUACAAAGAAAAGAAAAUCGACUAUUUGUUUUUAGACAGACUCUUGGUAAAAGAAUUAGGAGGAGCGGAAAAGCUUCUUAACCAAAUAACCAAGCAAGGAGACGAAGCAGUCGAGCCAGGAAUUUUUUCUAUGCUCAAUUGGGGCAAGAAAUUUACUUUUCGCCAUCUAGACCUCAGCCAAGAAGUAAAAAUUAUUGAAAGACCAACCUCAGGUUAUCUAAAAAAUUGCACCAAUGAUAUAGAAGAGAACAUUGAAAUUCCUUCUGGUUCAACCAUUUUACAACUUGACAAUAAGGCUUUUUUGCUUGAUGAUGAGCCAGGCAUAAAAGAGAUUGAUGCCAUAAAAGAAUUAUCAGAAGUUUAUAGAAAUUCCCGCCUAAAUGAAACACAAACUGUUAAAUUUGCCAGACUUUUAAAAGAAUGCCGAGAAGCCGCUACAAACGGCGACGAAAUUGCCCAAACUAACGAUAUUCAAGAAAUAUACAAAAACUACGUUUUAUUGGACAAAUGUGCUAACUCUUCAGCGGAAGAAUUGGAGAGAACUUUAAAAUUAAUUACGGAAAAAGUUUUGGCUCAGCCAAAAACAGCAAAACUUACUGGAAAAAGCAAAGGAAAUGCGGAACGAGAUUUUCAACAAAAAAAAAGAGCAGCCAUCGAAUUUUUUGCCGAAGCUUGGGAAACAGCAGCGGAUUUCUACCGGCAGGAAAUAUUAGGCAUUACCCCCGACCCAGCCCGAAAGGAAAGAGAGUUGAUUGAUGAGGCAUACAAUAAAUUUAAGAGCAAUGGUGUAAACUAUGAAAUUUUUGAAAGUGCCCGGGAUGCUUAUAGGUUUUUAACCAAAGAAGAAAUUUCUGACACCGACCAAUGGGAAAUUACUGAGAAAACUCGGUCAAAUAAACUUUUUGUAAAGUUAUUAAAAGAAGCUCGCGAAAUUGGAAAACUAGAGAUACUGGAAGCCUUAAUUCUUACUGAAGAAAAAGAAAUCAUUAAGAGAAUAUUAAAUGAGGAAAAAGUCCGAGAAGAGCAAUUGGAAUUAUUUAAAAAUGCUUUGGGACAGACUAAAAAAGAUGACCGUGAUAAAUCUCCGGAAAGAGAAAGCAAAGAUAAUGACUUAACUCCGCUUAAAUUUUACCACAAAGACCAGCCGUAUUAUGAAUUAUCUAACUUUUAUUAUAAUAAAGAGAGCAAAAACAUAGCAGGAAUCGCCGGAGAAGCAAAAUAUCCAAUUUCUUGCCGAAUACCUAAGCAGUUAAACGAAAAAGGAGAAGCGGCGAAAGGAGAAAGAAAUUGA